AUGCGUGUUGCCAAGGAGUUCACCCCCGAAGUGUUGCUAAGCGCCCCUCGCCGUGGUGAUGCCGUCCCUAGCCCCGACGGGUCUCUCAUCCUCUAUACACAGUCAACGUACAGUUUCGAGGAUGGGAAGACGCUCAAGGAAGUCCGAGUUAUGGACAUCAAGACCGGAGCCUCGGAGCAGCUCACCGAUGACGACAAGGUCCAUGAUGCUCAGUGGCUGCCGAGGACGAAUACAAAUGUCAUUUACUUGAAAUCCGGUGACAAAGGGACCACCCAGAUCUGGAUUGCCGAUGGCGCAGAUCCCGCCAAGGAGCACUAUGUCGCUGGCGAGUAUGAUGCACCUAUCGCAGCACUCAAGGUUAAGGCUCUGGCAGACGGAAGCGUUGCGUUUGUAGUUGCCGGUCUGGUUGGGCCUGAUGGCGGUCUCUUCAAUGACCAAGCCGAGGAAAAGAAGAGCACUGGUCGCAUUUUCGACGAUUACCGUGUUAGAGUUUGGAACGAGCUCUACAAGUCACACAAGUACGCUCUCUGGUACUCGACUCUUGUAAACGCACAUGGCAAGUGGGGAGUAGCUGGGGAGCUGCAGAAUGCCAUCAGGAACACGACCCUUGAGGCCCCCAUGGGCAUGUAUGAUGUUGCCGACCCGACAAAUAACUUCGAUGUCAGCGAAAAGGGCAUCACGUUCAUUGCUCAAGACAGUGGUCCCCCUCCUCCCGAGUUCGUCGGCGUCUCUCACGUCUACUAUGUCCCUCUUACAUCCUUCACCGCGGCGCCAACCGUCCGGCCGAGGGCCAUCGUCAUGGGCAUCUCAGAGACUAAGGCCUACUACGACAAUGUAAGGUUCUCACCGGAUGGCUCCAAGAUCGCCUUUCUACAUGCCUCCUACAGCAAUCCGGCAGAUGCUAAACUCUACAUGGGCCACACGAGUUCCUUUGGCGCUUACGACGUGCACGCCAUGAUCUUCGGCAAGGGACCGCAUCUACCCCCACGGGCCUUUGAGUUUGCAGGCAGCUCCGACGCCUUGUUGAUCGCUACGGAGGACUGCGGACGAGUGAAGCUCUCGCAUCUUGAACUCCGCCAUGGCGCGACAGAGACGUCACUUGUCGAAAAUGGCACGGUUACAGCCUUUUACCCGCUCAAAGAGGGCGACUAUGACAAGCUGCUUGUCACGAGCAACAGCUUCGUCGACAGUAGCUUGUGGAAGAUUAUCGACGUAUCAAUGGCCACUCCCCCAAAAGUGGUCUCGUCGGCCACAAAGCACGGCGCCAAGUACGGCUUGUCCCACCGCAUGAUGUCCGAAUUCUGGUACGAAGGCGCUGAUGACGUUGUCGUGCACUCCUUUAUCUUUAAACCAGCCAACUUUGAUGAGCGGAAGAAGUACCCCUGGAUUCUGUUACCCCACGGCGGCCCGGAAUCUUCGUGGCUAGACUCAUGGUCAACAAGGUGGAACUUCGCCCUCUGGGCACAACAAGGUUACAUUCUCAUCGCGCCCAACAUCGCCGGCAGUACAGGCUACGGCGUCGACUUCACGGCGCGCAUCUACCGCUCCUGGGGCGGUGCGCCCUACCAGGACCUCGUCAGCCUGACGGAGUACCUUAAGAUGCUGCCAUACCUUGACCAUGACCGCGCCAUUGUGGCGGGCGCUUCGUACGGCGGGUACAUGAUAUCCUGGAUGUUUGGACACGAUCUAAUCCGCAAGUUCUCCUGCGCUAUCUGGCACGACGGCCUCUUCAGUCUGCCCCUCUCCUUAAUACAGAGCGACUCCUUCGGCGGCGGUCCGGAUUUCGGUGGCGCCCCGUACCUGUGGACCAAUGCCGAGGAACUGGAGAAGUGGAACCCCGCGCGGCCGGAAUUAUUGCGCAACUGGCGGCAUGCGCCUCCGACGUUGGUCAUCCACAGCGAGAAGGACUACCGGUGUCCUAUUACUGACGGGUUGGCAACGUUCAACACUCUGCAGGCGAUGGGCGUUAAGAGCCGGUUUUUGACGUUCAGUGACGAGUGCCACUGGGUGUUAAAUCCGGAAAAUUCGAUCGUCUGGCACCGGACUGUCUUUGAGUGGAUGGAGAGGCACAUUGGGGGCAAAGAGCCGAAGGAUAUCUAA